ACGUUCUUCAGUUGGCUUGACGUAUUCUAGUCUCUCUCUGUCUUAUCGUAUCACGAAAACUAAAAGAUCUCGGAAGGGAGGAAGGAACCGGUAAGAGCUUAGCUUGAUCUCGCGCUCUUGUUAAGGAAAAGGAGAGAAGGAGAUGUCAGGGAAAGGAGCCAAGGGAUUGAUAACGGGAAAAACCCCAGCCCCAAAAGAUAAAGAUAAGAAGAAACCCACUUCUCGCUCCUCUCGCGCUGGUCUGCAGUUUCCUGUUGGCCGUAUCCAUCGUCUUCUGAAAUCUAGGGUAACUGCACAUGGAAGAGUUGGUGCAACAGCAGCCGUAUACUCUGCUGCUAUCUUAGAGUACCUCACAGCAGAAGUGUUGGAGCUGGCUGGUAAUGCAAGCAAGGAUCUGAAGGUGAAACGUAUAACACCGAGGCAUUUGCAACUAGCAAUUCGUGGUGAUGAAGAACUUGACACCCUCAUCAAAGGAACCAUAGCUGGAGGUGGUGUGAUCCCUCACAUUCACAAGUCUCUAAUCAACAAGUCGUCCAAGGAGUAAAAAAUUGCAGUCCAUUAUUGUUAUUAACUCGGUCAUGGAUGGAUUGCUGUAAAUUGGCUAAUACAUUAUCGGCGGAUAAUUGGGCCCUCUAUUUUGAUUGAUAGCUAUUCUCUUUAAGUGGAUUGUGAGUUGUAACCAAAUAUUUGUGGUUUCAUUGGUAAAUUUUUGCUUGUUCGUGUAAUGUGGCGAUACUGUCGAAUGCACAUAAAAUUGCGUGGAUAUAUGUGUUUAAUAGUGAUCCAUUCAUAUUUAUUUCCAGUUAUUUUUUUCUUCA